GUUUUCAACAUGGCGCUCGGCCUCCAGCUCCCGGCGGCCGCUUCGCUGUUGGUCUUCUGCGGGGUUUUAAGUUUCCCUGUGGGCCAGGAGAAAAGAGACAGCGCCGGCUGCGGAUACCAGUCAUGUCACGACACCAAGCCCACCAUGCUGAAUGUCCACCUGGUCCCUCACACACACGACGACGUGGGCUGGCUGAAGACCGUGGACCAGUACUUCUAUGGAGAUCGUAACGACAUCCAACACGCUGGCGUCCAGUACAUUCUGGACUCUGUGGUGGAUCAGCUGAUAAAGAAUCCAGACAGAAGGUUCAUCUAUGUCGAGACGGGCUUCUUCUACCGCUGGUGGAAGCAGCAGAGCCCCAGCAUGCAGCAGACGGUCAAACAACUGGUUAACGAAGGACGGCUGGAGUUCGUGAACGGUGGCUGGUGUAUGAGUGACGAGGCCACCACGCACUACAGUGCUGUCAUCGAUCAGAUGACCAUCGGGCUGAGAUUUCUCAAUGAGACCUUCGGGGUCUGUGGUCGUCCCCGCGUCGCCUGGCACAUUGACCCCUUUGGCCACGCUCGCGAGCACGCCUCUAUUUUUGCACAGAUGGGAUACGACGGCUUCUUCUUCGGCCGCUUGGACUACCAGGACCGCAAUCGCAGAAGGAAGGAGAAGGAGCAGGAACUUCUCUGGAGAGCCUCUGACAGCCUCACGCCACCGAUGGCCGACCUCUUCACCGGAAUUCUUCCUAAUGGAUACAACCCUCCUACUGGAUUCUGCUGGGACCAGCUCUGCAGUGACGACCCAAUCAGAGACGACCCUGACCUUGAAGAUUACAACGUUGAUGAUGUUGUUCAGCGCUUUCUGCGUGCCGCCAAGAGUCAGGCUUUAGUGUACAAGACCAAUCACAUCAUUAUGACCAUGGGCUCAGACUUUCAAUACGAGAACGCCAACCUGUGGUACAAGAACCUGGACAAGCUGAUCCGCUACGUCAACGCCCAGCAGGCCAAUGGGAGCAACGUCAACGUGCUCUAUUCCACUCCAUCCUGCUAUCUGCAGGAGCUGCACCGAGCAAACCUCACUUGGUCUCUGAAGACGGACGAUUUCUUUCCCUAUGCGGACAAUUCUCAUAACUUCUGGACGGGAUACUUCACUAGCCGGCCAGCACUGAAACGUUACGAGAGGAUCAGCAACAGCAACCUGCAGUCUUGUAAUCAGCUGGAGGUUCUGGGUGGUCCAAUAUCCAGGAAGGGACUGUUUGGACAGGGUGACAGCGAGACUUUGAGGAAAGCGAUGGCUGUGGCUCAGCACCAUGAUGCAGUGUCUGGAACAGAGAAACAGCAUGUUGCAAACGACUACGCCCAGAGGCUGGCCAAAGGCUGGCAACACUGUCAGGUUUUGGUCAGUAAUAGUUUGGCUUCUCUCACUGGCUCCUCUGCUGAAAGAAUUUACUGUGAUAACCUCAACGUCAGUGUGUGUCCUCUUACCGAGUCCAGCAAAAAGUUCUCAGUCAGUGUGUACAACCCUCUGGGACGGACUGUCACUUGGCCCGUCAGGCUGCCGGUCAAUGGAACGGCCUACAGCGUAAUUGAUGCUCAAGGCAACUCUGUGGACAGUCAGGUGCUUCCUCUGUCAGGAGCCACUCAGGAAGUAAGGAGGAAUCGAGGCUUUGCCGUCAACGAGCUGGUGUUCCAGGUUCAGGCUCCUCCUCUGGGCUACAGCACGUAUUCUGUGUCCCUGCUUCAGGAUCAGCCACCUCCUUCUUUACCUCAACAUGGAGCGCCCACUGUCAUCCAAAAUAAGUUCCUGCAAGUGACCUUUGACCCUGACACGGGCCUCUUGACCGGUCUCAGCAACCUGGAAACCAAACAGACCAUAAAGCUGACGCAGAAUUUCUACUGGUACAACGCCAGCGACGGCAACAGCCCCGAGAGUCAGCAGACCUCCGGAGCCUACAUCUUCAGACCGAACUCCUCCACGCCUUUCAUGGUCAACAGUAAGGCCAAAGUGGAGCGCUUUCAGAACACGGUGGUGCAGGAGGUGCGGCAGUGGUUUGCUCCGUGGGUGUCUCAGGUGGUCCGUCUUUAUGCCGACAGCAAAGCUGUGGAGCUGGAGUGGACCGUCGGACCCGUGCCAGUAAACGAUGGACAGGGGAAGGAGGUGAUCACUCGUCUGGACACCAGCAUUAAGACCGCUGAAAUUUUCUACACAGACUCCAACGGCAGGGAAGUCCUGCAGCGAAGGAAAGACUACCGUCCUACGUGGCAGCUGAAGCAGACAGAGCCCAUUGCUGGAAAUUACUACCCCAUCAACUCUCGUGCCUUUAUAAAGGAUGACGUGGAUCAACUCACAGUAGUGACAGAUCGCUCACAAGGAGGAGGGAGCAUAUACAACGGAUCUCUGGAGAUCAUGCUCCACCGCCGGCUGCUGUACGACGACUACCGAGGCGUUGGCGAAGCUCUCGAUGAGCGAUCUGAAAUCUUCCCAGACGGGCUGGUGGUCCGCGGUCGCCUCCUCCUCUCCCUUGAGCGUCCCGCCGUCGCUGCCGACACGCAUCGUCCCCUAGCCCAGGAGGUCGUAUCACAGCCGCUGUUGUCGUUUACGGAUGGAGGCCUGAGCCAAAACACUGCGCUGGAGUUUUCAGGUCUCCAGGCUUCGCUGCCCCCUGCUGUCCACCUCCUGACGCUGAGUCAGUGGGAUGACGAGUCGGUCCUGCUGAGGCUGGAGCAUCAGUUCCAGAGCUGGGAGAGCAAAGUCAACUCUCAGCCCGUCACAGUCAACCUUCAGAAACUGUUUUCCACUCUGGAUGUUUUGGGUUUUUCUGAGCUGAACCUUUCCGCCAAUCAGUGGAAGGAAGAGAUGAGCCGCUUUGAUUGGACGCCUGAGAAAGAGGAGAAGCCUCUGCUGAAGACGUUUGAGGAUCCCUCCGUGUGGGAAGUCACCUUGAGGCCGAUGGAGAUCCGAACCUUCCUACUCAGGGUCACAUUAAAAUAACCAAUCACAUGCAUCAAAAUGAUACCACUUGAAUCUAAUUGAAAGGGAUUUUUUUUUUUUAUUGUAUUUUUACCCAUCUUACUUUUUGGCUAGGGACAGGCAUUUGAAUCAAAAACCUUUAUUGAAAAUCAUGAGCACACUUAUGUUGAUUGUUGUUCAUAUAAAGCUGCCUUGCACUGUUGAACAGGAUUGGUCCAGAAGCGUAUCUGAAUCAGGAGUUGUUGGCCUAUCGCUAGGUUAUUUUUUAGAUUUUAUUUUUCUUUGUUUCGUGCCACAGUGACAUUAAUGAACACGGAUUAAGCUUCAGAUGUAACUGACAGCAAAGGGAAAAAACAUUUCCAGAGGUUAAUACACGGUGCCUUCUUUAAAGCUAACCUUAAACGUCAUUUUAAGGGGGGUUUUUUUUGCUGCAGAUUCACAUAAGAGUAAUGAGAUUUUCAGAAGCUGCUGCUACCAUCUUCUUUGGAGAAAAGCUAUCAUACAAAUUUGGCUCAGCUGAUCAAAAUGUGAUGUUACAGGACACAAAAAAUAAAUCUAAGCCUAAUAGCUGUUUAGAGAUUGAUCUUACAAAAGAGUUCAAUGGAAAUCAGGAUGCCCCACAAAAACAAUUACUGCUCUGAAAAUAAAACGUAUCAACAGGUUACUUUACUACAGAUACAACUGUGCUGCUAAACAGUGCAUAAUACUCCCAUUUUAUCAUAUUUUUUACAUGUAACCACAAUAUGAGGCUUUCAUGGAACCAACAGUGGAAGAUUAGUUUGAACAGCAAAAGUAGCUAUUCCAGUGUUACUAGCAGCUUUUCUGUUUUGCAAAUGUUUGCCCAUUGAACUCGGCCAUAGCCUUGCAGUAAAAGGCGUUUCCUGUUACGGAAGUGCACUACACACAUUGGCUUAUAACAGGAAGUAAAGAUUAAUUGAUUAGUUUGAACUUUGUGCUGGAGUCCCUUAUCUCUACUAUGAAUGUAGACGACUGUUAUUGGUACCAACAGAUAGAGCAUGUUACAUUUAUUAACAUUAAAUUAAAUGAUGCUAAAAAUAUUUUUGAAUCUUGGGGCACUGAAUGUCUUUCCAUGAAGCUCCAUUAGAUGUGGACUAGGUGCACAAUUUUAAUCUUGGCCUUGUUAGAAUAGCAAAUUGAUCAAAGUUAAAUAAUAACAAACCCCACCACAAGGUUCCUACUACAUUUCCCCUGGAUCGUCUCUAUAUUUACAUGUUUAAAUCUGACUUGUUUGCACGGGAUUAUUCCUAAAGUUUUAUACGUCUUAUUUGCAAAUGUUUUAUAAAUAUGCCCUGUGUUCAUCAUAAGCAGAACUACUUAAAGAAAGCCGUCUGGUUUAGACCACAGAUGAGUUAAGAGGGCAAAGCUGAGGUGAAAUGAUGCCUAAUGAAAGCGGUUAUUCAUCUGUGGAUCCUAUCACUCAAAAACCAGAUCUAGCAAAUAUUUCUACUGAAACAUAAGUAGCGAUGAGGAAUAUCAUAGAUAAAAACACAUAAUCUGAACAUAAACCCAUGAGUAAAAAUUAUUAUUACUUAUACUUUAAGUAACAGAAUAAGGAAGAUUAUGGAAAAAGUCAUUUUCCAUGGAGAAUUAUUUUUCCCCCCUGAAUUAUCCAGACUUGGAAAAUAAAAUUUUAGACUCCUGCCUGAACACUUCAUACAUUCCCACAAAUCACAUUCGCUUCCAUUUACUGCAAACAAAUGGCAGCUGACGGGGAUUGAAUCUCUAUUCCUUUAUUUCUUAUGCACUGUGAAAUUUAUUAACCAUCUGCACAUUUGUAAACAAUUUAAAGCAGCAAGUACAGAAUAUUUCCAUGUC